UAGAUUUUGUAUGCAUAUAAGCAAAAAAAAGAAUCAGUAAAAAGGUGGUGUACUUUAAUGUGUUAUGUUGUCCUGUUCUAACCCUUUUUUCCCAUAGGAUGAUGAUUUGAGAAUCACAAGUUAGGAAAAAGCUAAAAUAGUGAAAAGGGUCUUUUUCUUUUGAUGGAAAAGAAUGUGGUUUUCUGGCAGUUUUUGUCGAUUUGAAAGGGUGUUGAGAAGUCUACGUUGCGGUGUGGUUUUUUAUGUGUGAUGCCCUCUAUUUUCUUCUUAAAGGCCCUUUUGUUUUUCUUCUUUACUGGGGUGACGGCUAAAAUAGUCAAAACCCGAAUCUUUGGUUUUAUUAGAAGAGAACUAGGGUUUUUGAAGUGGGGGCCUGGGUAUGGUUGUGACUUGUGAGAGCGUAGUAAGGAAGCUCUGUUGUCAUGUACCAACCCCGUUUGGUUGUUCUUAAAUUUUCUGGCGUUUUGGUUGGUGAAAAUAUGUGUUUGAGGUAUAGCUAAGUUCUUGAAAGGCAAACCAGAACAGUGAAUGCUUGUGCUGCCAGGAGUUAGGCUUUUGCGUGUGUUAUUAUUACUUUCGGUUAUUGCUCGUAGAUUUAUAUAUGGAGAUGGGCUUGUGGUGUUGAGGAGGAAGAUGAAAGUUUGAAAGAGAGAGCGCCAUUUUGAGUCUUGAGCUUUUUCUUGGAAGAUAAAAAGGGUUCUCUUGUAUUCUUCUCCUCUCAUUUUUGCACUCUUUUAGAUGAGCUUUGGGGGGUUCACUGGUAAAAGUAGUGGCGGCGGUGUUAGUGACCAUAGUGGUGGUGGUGGGAAAAUGGUGGCUGAUGGUUUAUGUUCUUAUGGUAUCAUGUCAACUGGUGCUAUUUCUCAGCCUUUGCAAAUGGUCCAUUCUUCUCAUUCUCAACCUAUGUUCAUCUCUCCGCCCCUUUCUCUUGCCCUCCCUAAGAUGGAGAACCUUGGGGAGAUGGGCUUAAUGGGUGAAAAUUAUGAUAGUGGCUUAAUGGGAAGGACAAGGGAAGAUGAGCUUGACAGCAGGUCUGGCAGUGACAACUUUGAAACGGCAUCAGGGGAUGAUCAGAACACCACUGAGAAUAAGUCAUCAAAGAGGAAAAAGUACCAUAGACACACUGCAUACCAAAUUCAAGAGCUUGAAGCUUCUUUUAAGGACAAUCCACAUCCUGAUGAGAAAGGAAGACUAGAACUUGGCAAGAGACUAGGCUUGGAGCCGAGGCAGGUGAAAUUUUGGUUUCAGAAUAGAAGAACCCAAAUGAAGACUCAACUGGAGCGCCAUGAAAAUUCGAUCCUAAAACAAGAAAAUGACAAGCUCCGCAUUGAGAACAUCGCCAUGAAGGAAGCCAUGAGGAACCCUAUAUGCGAAAAUUGUGGCAGCCCAGCUAUUCUUGGAGAAGUACCUAUAGAGCAGCACCAUCUUAUGAUUGAGAAUGCGAGGCUGAAGGAUGAACUCAGUCGACUUGGGAUCCUAGCAAACAAAUUCUUGACUAGGAACGGUGGUUCCAUGCCUCCAAUGGUUUGCAACUCAAAGUUGGAUCUUGCAGUAGGAAGAAACAGCUUUUGUGGUUUGAACUCUAUUGAUUCUGCUUUGCCUUUGGGACUUGACUUUGGCAAUAGGGUGCCUAAUGCAUUUCCCAUGAUGCAAACCAAUGGGCCUGCCGUGGGCAUGAUGGGUGUUGAUGCUCCCCUGGACCAGUCGUUGUUUCCAGAGCUUGCGUUGGCUGCAAUGGAUGAGCUGAUGAAGCUAGCCCAGCUUGAUAGCCCUCUUUGGUACAGAAGCUUGGACGGAGGCGGAGAAUCCUUGAACCUUGAUGAGUAUAUGAAGACAUUUCCCCCUUGUAUUGGCGUGAAGCCCAAUCAUUUCGUAACUGAAGCAACUAGAGCUACUGGUACCGUAAUCAUCAACAGCUUGGCACUCGUGGAAGCAUUGAUGGAUGUGAAUCAAUGGACAGAAAUGUUUCCAUGGAACAUAGGGAGAGCCUCAACUCUUAAUGUAAUCUGCCCUGGAAUGGCUGGAAACAGAAAUGGUGCACUGCAACUGAUGCAAGCUGAGUUCCAAGUUCUUUCACCUAUGGUCCCCGUCCGACAAGUAAAGUUCGUUCGCUUCUGCAAGCAGCAUGGACAGGACAUGUGGGCUGUGGUUGACGUGUCUGUUGAUACCAUCUUCCAUGGCAUAAGAGGCAACACUUCUGUGAAUUGUAGGAGACUCCCUUCAGGUUGCAUUGUGCAAAACAUGGCAAAUGGCUGCUCCAAGGUAACCUGGGUUGAGCACACGGAAUAUGACGAGAAUAUCAUCCAUAAUUUGUACCGGCCAUUACUCAGGUCUGGACUGGCAUUUGGUGCACAGAAGUGGGUUGCCAACCUACAACGCCAAUGCGAACUUUUUGCUACCAUCAGGUCCUCUAUGGCCUCCAGCAGAGAUAAUUCAGCACUUUCUGCAAACAACAAGAGUAUCGUCAUGCUGGCACAACGCAUGACUCGUAGCUUCUGUACCGGAGUUUGUGCCACCGUCCACAAGUGGGAAGUAGUCCAAAGCUCUGAUAAUACCAAGUUGAUGAUGCGGAAGAGCAUGGGUAAUCCCGGGGAGCCACCCGGUGUUAUCAUGAGCGCUACAACUACAGUUUGGAUGCCUGUAUUACCUCAUCAUCUGCUUGAAUUCUUGCAGAAUGAGAAGAUGAGGAGCCAUUGGGACGUCUUAUCUCAAGACGGUCCUAUGCAACAGAUGUUGCAGAUUCCCAAGGGCCAGGAUCCUGGCAACAACAUCUGCCUUUUGAGUACUAGUGCUCCAGCAUCCAGUGCAAAUCAGAGCAGCGUGCUGAUUUUGCAAGACACUUGUACGGACACAUCCGGAUCACUCAUCGUCCAUGCAGCAGUUGAAACAACAUCAAUGAACAUAGUGGUGAACAGCGGUGAUUCUUCCAGCAUUGCCAUCUUGCCAUCGGGUUUUGCAAUCGUGCCAGAUUGUUAUUCCAACUCCAACAAUUCCGAGAACGGCAACGAGGGACAUCGCGGUGGCGGCAGAAGCGGCUCGUUGCUUACCGUAGGGUUCCAAAUACUUGUCAACAAUCUGCCUGCAGCCAAACUAACAAUGGAAUCCGUCGACACCGUGAAGUCGCUCAUUGCACGUACGCUUCAGGGCAUCAAGUCUGGUCUCCAGUGCAGUUAGCGCGCAUUCAUUUCCUUACAAAAGCAUACUAAAUCUCAACAUGCAUGAAACUUGUCCAUAAAAGAGAGAGAUCAGAUGCUACAAGGUUGGAGAUGGCAUUUUUGGACAGGGAUUUGAGUCAAGAACGAACCUUUUGGUGAAAAGAAAAGAAACCCUCAUGGAGUAGUAUCAGGUAAUGAAGUGUUGUUGGCACCAAGUGAAGGGUUGUGGUUCGGGUAUUGACUCAAAUGACCUGCGAAACAAAGGUUGUCUCUUUGUAUUUAAAUAUGUUGUUUCUUAAAAACAAUAUACUGCUUGUGCUUACACCUUCAUUUCAUUUCAUUGGUUUGUAGAAGAUUUUGAACAGGUUUUUGGGUUGGUAUUUAUGGUUUGAGUUGUGAUUGG